GUAGUUAAACCAAACUGUAGCUGGAGCCGCUGUGUCAGUGACCUCCCACCUCCUCUCCUGCAGUGUCACAGUCUGAGGAGACUCACCAAAAACUGGAGUCAUGGCAGAAAUCAGCAGAACUGAGAGGGUCCAGCUGCACGCUCCACAUCUGGAGGAGCUGCGUGGUGUACUGCAGACAGGACUGGAGGAGAACUUUGCAGAAGUGCAGGUGAGUGUUGUGGAGUGUCCAGAUCUCACCAAAGAGCCAUUCCACUUCCCUGUCAAAGGCCUGUGCGGAAGUCCUCGAAUCACUGAUGUGGGCGGUGUGCCAUACCUGGUUCCCUUGGUUCAGAAGCACAAGGAAUACAACAUGAACAGUAUAUCUAAAGAGCUGGAGCUGCCGGGAGCGUUCAUCCUCGGUGCAGCAGCGGUUCCCUCCAGGAUUGUUGGAAUGAACGCAGAGCUGGUGCCCGCGGUUCUCACAGAAGCGGAGGGGAGGCCAGCAGUGAACAGCAGUUACUACUCCUCCAUCAACCCCGCUGACGGCCAGUGUCUGCAGGAAAAAUACAGUGACAAAUUCUCCGACUGCAACUUUGGACUGCUGGGUAAUCUCUACGCAUGUGAGGGGCAGCCUGGAAAGGUCAUAGAGGUGCGGGCGAAGAAGAGAACAGGAGGCCACAGUCUCGUGACCGCCUUGAGGAACACUCUUGAAGGACACUACCCUGAUAAAAGCCUGGCGCUCGGAGGCACCUUCAUCAUCCAGAAAGGGAAAGCGAAAAUCCACAUCAUGCCGAGAGAGUUCUCAGUCUGCCCCCUCAACACCAACGACGAGGUCAACAACUGGCUCAAGCACUUUGAGGUCAGCGCUCCGCUUAUCUGCCAGUCGGUGCUCGUUUCCAGGGAUCCUGGUCUUGACCUGCGAGUGGAGCACACCCACUGCUUCAGCCCUCAUGGAGAAGGUGGCCACUACUACAUUGACACCACACCCGACAGUGUGGAGUACUUGGGCUACUUUAUGCCUGCGGAGUUCGUCUACCGCAUCGACAGACCCACAGAGACCCACGAAGUUGGACGAGACUGAAGCACUAGAGGAAAUUCAAUUUUUUUUCUCUUAAAUCCCAUUUCCCUCUCAAGAUUCUUGCACAUUUCUCCUCAAAUAGAAUCCCUAAAUUACAUGAAAUAAAAACAACUUCAAAAUUC